AUGCUCGUGCACGCAAACCGCUUGUCAGUCCUUUCUGAAUAUCAUAAGUCUGCCGCCACGGCUACUGACGGUGAGCGGAUUGGGUUCACAGGUCUGGAAAAGGCAGAACCCAUCGCACUGGUCCUUGAAGGCAAGAGCCCAAGGGGCUUGCGUAGCUAUCCAACAAAGAUGUUCAAUCUGGUAACAGAGAUUCCUUUGAAGCAAGUACAAAAGCAGAUUAUCAAGGUCACGGAUACAUCUCGUGAAGCGUUCAGGCUGCUCAAGGCGCUCUUUGUCUGUGAGCCUCAUGCUAGGGCGGUGGUCGCUCUGGGCUCAAGGAAGAAGAUGGAAGAGCUGGCGCAAGCAUGGGAGAGGGACUUUCAGAUCGUGUGGAUGCACAGCGGGAUCGGGCCUGAAAAGAACAGCCUCUUAUGGCUCUGUACCUGUCCAAGAAGUCAUGUAACUAGCCCAUCAUUAGAUACAGGUAAAAACCGAAAAAACAAUUCUGAAGAACGAUCAAUGCCGGGGAAAUGA